UGACUUUUUCAUCAUGGAAUCUAACAAAACCUGAGAUGUGAUCGAGUCCAUUUGUUCAACAAAGCGAGUUACGAUUAUUUGAAUUAAAAACGUGGGCAACUUAUGGAUUUAUUUAGAAUAAUACAAUUUUUCAUCUAAGAAUGUUGUUACUUGUGUCUUUAUAAUAUGCUGUUCAAUUUCUGUGAUCCACGUUUGAGGCCAGAAAUUGAAUGCAGUACUGUCAGCACAGAAGGAUAUGAAGUUUCUAAUUUGAUAAGUGACAGUGGCAAGGGUUUUUUGGCGUAUGCGAGCAUCAAGCCUCCAAUCAACAUUGACAUCACUUUCCUUUGUAAUGUAUCUAUCAAUCACAUUUUAAUCUGGCCUUAUGUUGGUUCUCAAAAGUCAUCAGGCUUUCAAUUAUAUGCUAAAACAAGUAGUGACAAUAAUGUACCAUAUACAUUACUGUCGAAUGGUUUUUUAAAUCAUUCAAAUGCUGGAUUGGUAUUUUAUCCAUCGAAUAUUAAUCAUGAAACACUCUCAGUUCCUGAGAACUUUUUGAAACGAUAUAUAAAACCAUCUCUGAGAUAUGUAGCAACUUAUGUAAAUAAUUUGAGAAUAUGUAUAUGCAAAACAGAUAACUCUGUACCUGCAUUAGGGAGAAUUGAAGUAUGGGGAAAUGUUGCAUCACGCUGUGGGAGGGAUACUUUAGCUAGCAUUUCUACCUUAUGGUACAAACAUGAAUUGAAUAAAUCAAUGACUAUAGAAAGAGAACAAUGUAAUAAGCAUUUUUCUGCAUCUAAGUCUAUAGAAGAUUCUAAAAAUAUUUUGCCAUCUGUUACAAACACCAGUUUUAAGGAAGUAUUAGAGUUAUCGUUAGAUGUGCCAGAGUCUUUCUUAGAUGCCAUUACUUGGGAAAUCAUGACGCAACCUAUCUUGUUGCCCAGUGGAAAAAUUAUCGAUCAAAGUACUUUACAAAAGCACGAAGAAACUGAGGCAUUAUGGGGAAGAAAACUCACAGAUCCCUUUACUGGUAUACCAUUUAGUGAAAAUCGUAAACCUGUCAUUGCAAGUGCGCUAAAAGUGAGAAUAGACAAAUUUCUACUUGAAAAUAGUAAUGCAGAGGAGGUUAAAAGAUUGCCAAGAGUUUUAGGACGUAGAUUAUCAUCUAGUACAAUAGAACAUAAAACAACAGAAAUUCCUAAAUAUUUAUUAGGAGAGAAUGUGUUCAAUAAAACUUCAAAUAAUCCAAAACCAAAGUUGCAUUGUUCUGCAACAGAUAUACAAGGAAAUAAGAAGUUUUGUCAUAAACUGCCAGUUGCCGUGAUGUCUCAUAAACGGACUGCUACUACUGUACCUAAAGUAAUAAAGAAACGGAAGAUUAUUGAGCCCCCUGAGACAUUUUUGAAAGAUGUAAAAGAUGAAGCAAAGAAUAUUUGUGCCACUAAUAGUGCAAGCAUUGAUAUUAAUUCAAAAUUAUCACACCUAAAAUGCUUGGAUAAUUCACCAGAACAAGAUAGUGCAAGCUAUAAAUUGAGUUGUACUUGUUGUCCUAAUGGAAUCUUUUAUCAACUCCCAUGUAAACAUGUUCUAUGUAGGAAAUUAUUAACAUCCAUCCAAAAUAGUCAGUGUACAUCAUGUGGUUCAGUUUAUAAAAAUAGUGAAAUAAAGCGAGUUUAUGAAUAAGUGAUUUAUGUAAGCAUAAAAAAUAGGAAUGGAUUCUCUUAUAUUAAGCACACCUUUAUAUUUUUCAUGAAUGUAUUAUGCAGAAUAUUGUAAAUAAAAUGUAAUAAUUUUUAAUAAAUGUA